AUGGCUGAGGCGGAAACGAAAUUUUUAGUCAAUCCAGAAACAGGAGACCGUUUUCCAAUCGGAGGCUGUUUUAUUAGUGAUGAGCCAUCGCCUUGGCCGUUGUGUGGAAGUGUACUAACACUUUCUGAUAAUGAAUUGCCUCAAUCAGUUGAUCUGAGACAAUUUAUGACACCUGUUGAAAAUCAAGGUCAAACAAACACAUGUGUUGCAAACGCACUAGCAGGUGCGUAUGAAUUUUUGAUAAUGAAAAACACAAAAAAGCAUAUUGAUGUCAGUCGACUAUAUAUGUACUACAACGGUCGAACAAUAGAUAACCUUCACACUCAGAAAAUGGCUGACAAUGGUACUUUUAUAUGGGCUGCCAUUGCAGGGUUAAAAAGACACGGUUGCUGCAAAGAAGGACAGUACCCAUUCAACCCUUCAUCCAUGAAUACACAACCACCACCAGAGUGUUAUACAGAAGGUGCAAAACAUCGUAUCAAGGAUGCUUUCCAAGUACCGGUUACCUUGAACUCCAUGAAAGGAUGCCUAGCUGAGGGUUUUCCAUUUGCAUUCGGUCUUGGCACAUUUCUAUCGUUUGCACAGGCUCAAACUAAUGGAGGUCGUGUUCCGACGCCAAAUCCAAUGUAUGAACCACUAAAUGCUCAGCAUGGACUACAUGCAAUGUUAGCAGUUGGAUAUAGUGAUGCAUCAAAAUGUUUUAUUGUCAGAAAUUCAUGGGGUGACACAUGGGUAAGUUUGACUUUAUUUCAAAAGGAAGAUAUUCAAGGGGGAAAUAGCAGACUCCAACUCCUCGGAGUCAGGUGGAGUCAAGUGGAGUCACCAGGAAUUACAUGGAACCAGUUGGUUGCAUGGAAUCACAUAGGAUCCCAGGGAAUCAUACCUAAACACAAGGAGUAA